UCUGCCGCCUCUGGAUACCCGGGUUUGCGGAGAUGGCGGCUCCCCUAUAUCCUCUCACGAAAUCCAACACCCCCUACCACUGGGGAAAGGAGCAGCAAUUGGCUUUUGACAAAAUAAAAAGGGCCUUAUUGACCGCCCCUGCCCUGAGCCUCCCAGAUGUAACCAAGCCUUUUACGCUAUAUGUUGAUGAACAUAAUGGAAUAGCCAAAGGGGUCCUAACUCAAAAACUGGGACCCUGGAAAAGGCCCGUGGCAUACUUUUCAAAAAAAUUAGACAGCGUGGCUGCAGGAUGGCCCCCAUGUCUCCGGAUAAUAGCGGCUAUGGCAGUCCUGGUAAAAGACUCAGACAAGUUGACUUUUGGCCAACCCCUCACUGUGGUGGCCCCCCACGCCGUAGAGACAGUCAUCCGCCAGCCCCCUGAUCGAUGGCUCUCAAACGCCCGGGUCACCCAUUAUCAGGCCAUGUUACUGAAUUCUGAGCGGAUACAGUUUGGAACGGCUACAUCUCUAAACCCGGCCACCUUGCUUCCAGAAACCGAGUCCCCCUCCCUAGUAAUGCAUGAUUGCCACCAGAUCCUAGCUGAAGUCCAUGGCACCAGAGGGGACUUGACGGACCAGCCUUUGCCAGAUGCUGAAGCAACCUGGUACACCGAUGGGAGUAGCUUUCUACGAAAUGGCUGGACAGAAGCUUUCCCCACCAAGCGAGAAACCGCCCAGGUGGUUGUCAAGAAAAUCCUGGAAGAAAUUUUCCCCCGGUUUGGACUGCCCAAGGUAAUAGGGUCGGACAACGGCCCCGCCUUCGUCUCCCAGGUAAGUCAGUUGGUGGCCAGAUUACUGGGGAUAAAUUGGAAAUUACAUUGUGCAUACAGACCCCAGAGCUCAGGUCAGGUAGAAAGAAUGAAUAGAACAAUUAAAGAGACCCUAACUAAAUUGACAUUGGAGACUGGCACUAGAGACUGGGUCCAACUCCUCCCUAUGGUUCUGUUCCGAGUCCGGAACACUCCCGCGCGCCAUGGGCUAACUCCUUACGAGAUUCUCUAUGGAGGUCCCCCACCAGUAACGGACUUACUAGAUUCUGCUCUUGACCCUCUUGCUAACACUCCCGGUUUACAGGACAGGCUAAAGGCGCUCCAGAUUAUCCAGCACCAGAUCUGGAAACCCCUUGCGGCUGUCUACCGCCCCGGAGACACAACCGGCCCACACCCGUUCCAGAUCGGGGACUCCGUCUACGUCAGGAGACAUCAGUCCAGGACGCUUGAGCCCCGCUGGAAGGGCCCAUAUACUGUACUCCUGACCACCCCAACCGCCUUAAAGGUAGACGGCAUUGCUGCUUGGGUCCACGCCUCACACGUCCAGCGCGCCCCAUCAACGAGCACCGCUGACGCCAGCCAGGACGGACCGGACGAGCCACUCCAAUGGAAGCUCCACCGCACCCAAAACCCGCUCAAGUUAAGACUUUCAAAAAUUGUUCAGUGACAGUUGUUAUAUUCCUACCUCUCCUAGCGCUCUUCACCUCCGCCAAAGUUAUCCUGCUCCUGCUGCUAACUUUCGGCCCCUGCGUCCUCAACCGGCUGCUCCAGUUCAUCCGAGACAGAUUGUCUAUUACCCAAGCUCUGGUAUUAACUCAGCAAUGUCGGGCCCUCCAAACUGAAGAAAUAAAUGUUCCCUAAGAUUUUAAGGUUAAAAUCAGCCCAAACAAGAGGAGGGAAUGAAGAAACCUCCCCCCUUGUAAGUAGGGCCAGCCCUAAUCCAGAGGCAGCCCAUCCAGUCUUCUUCCUGAAAUUUUAGCAACUAAAAGCAUUCUGUUUACAAUAAGAAAACCGUUUCCCCCCCCACACACCCUGAUUGGAAUGUCCCUGAAUAGGUUCAUGUUGACCCUCCCCAA